AUGAAACCAUUAUUGAUCUUGAAGGUGGACCUAGGAGUUGAAAAUGGUGGUGUAAUACCCCUUAAGAUUUUUUAGAACGAUGAGAAUUAUUUCUAACGAAUCAUAAAUUCUUUCAUUGAACUGUUUCCCUCCACGAGUAAAAAUCCUCAAAUAAAAUAGGUCCUCUUUGAUCAGAUAAAGUAAGGUGUUCAGGAGGCAAUUUUGAGAAAACAACAAAGAAAAAUACAGAGAGAGCAAGAAAAGCUAAUGGCAAUGGAGCAAAAGACAUUUGACUCUAUAAUGAAGAACGAAGAGGAUAAACUGGCUUAUAAUACCUUCAAUAAAUAACCUCAUUACCCGUCAACAUUUCAACAAGAGAAAGCAAAUGACAUUAUGAAUAAUAGUCGAUCAUCGUUUGAUCACCAAUCUGGCUUCCAUCAUAAAACUUAUAGUAUAACAGCCAAAAAUGCUCAGUUUUCUCCAGUUAGAAGUAAUUACGAACAAGACUGCAUAAAUAUCGAUUUACUUCAGAAUCAUGGCACUUUUAAGCCUACCUGUUAUCCUUAUAUUAAAAAUUUAGAUUCCAACUCUAACUCUAAUCCUUAUAGUCAUCAAACAAGACAUAAAUACUCUAGUUCAUAUUCUACAACGAACUAACUAAAUGUAUAAAAAGCUGAGAGAGGCGAUAAUCAAAACUUUAAUCCAUUUAAAUUGAAUAAUAAACAAUUCUACGAAUCUGAUACAGAGGAGGAUUCAGAUGCUGAUUUCAUAAGUGUAGGUUGCCAAAGAAACCAGUUCUAAGGCUAAUUUCUUAGCAGUGAUUACAAUUCAAUGGAAAUUAGAUCUGAGUAAAAUUAAAAUGGAAUCUUAUAUAGCGGUAAAUCAAUGGGGAUUCCAAACAGUUAUCUGGAAAGUAAAAUAGAGACUUAGCUUUAAUCUCCAAUCUCCUAUUAAACUUUAUCAAAUGAUACAGGUCACUAAGUUGAUCUAAAAAUGAAUACAAUGAAUAUCUUAGACUCCAAAAGUUACUCUGGAGUAACUAGUCAAUAAACAGCUUCUCACAAGAACUCACCUUCUGAGUACUAAAGAAAGUCUUUCAAUUCUUACUCUUAUUUGAACUUCAACAAAAAGAUAAGGUAAAAAAAUAAAAACAAGAGUAUGAAGAUGUAAUCAAAUUCUUGUUUUAUCAAGCGAGAUAAUUCUAAGUCAUAAGAGAGAUCUAAAGUGAAUUUAGAAGAGUCCAGCAAUAGAUUAUUCAAUCACAGCAGAUAAAUAGAGUAAAAGAUUAAGAACAAAAGAGAUAUGCUAUAAUUUGAGCAAAGAAUGAAAGAAAACUAGAAUCUUACUUUCAAACCCAGAAUUAACAAGAAAUCUUAGGAAUUAGCAACUUAAAGAGUUAAAUUUGAUCCUAGCAAUAUCACAAAUUAAACUAUACAGUUUUAUAAUUCCCCAGAUAGAGGAGAUCAACUGAAUACUUAAUAAGAUCUUACAAGUAGAUCUCCUGAUUAUAGAUCUUAGGAGAGACAAUAAGUUCAUAAAUAGGAAACAUUUAGACCUAUUAUUACUAAACGUAGCACUAAACUAGUUGAGGAGAAGCGCAAGCAAAGUUCUGAUAGAUCCCCUGUAUUUCUUCAUCUUUACCAAGAUGCAUUCCAAAAGGAGUAAAAACUCAAGGAACGUUAAUUAUAAAAAUAAGAAAGAAUCAACAGGUCCCCUUUUAAUUAAUCAAAGUUCACUUCUCAGAAAGACAGUAGAAAUCAAACAGUUUCUUCACCAAACAAUGAUUGCUUAACUGAGUAAUCAAACACAAUUAUGAAUACAUAUCAAGAUUAAAGAUAAAAAUCAAACAAUUAAAGAUAGAUCGAUCAUGCUUCCAAGUUAAUUUAAUACAAGGAGCAAUUAGAACAUUAAAAUCAUCUGAAGAGAAUACACCAGAAGUACAUUUCUGAGAAUUUCGAUGAAAACGGACAGCAACUAUUUAAGCCUAGAAUAACUAGAGGCCCAAAAAGUAAUAAAGAUACAGAAUUCAGAGAGAAAUUAGACAUCUGUACAAGAAUGUAUUACUAUAUGUAUGCGUAAUUAGAAAAGUAAAAAGAAGUAUAAGAAAAGGAAUUAUAGAAGCUAAGAGAUUAGGCAAAUCAAAAGUGGAUAAACGAUGAGUCUAAAAAAUUAUUUUAAAGACUUCAACUCAGGAAGUUAAGAGAACUUUUCGAUAUGAUUGAUAACGAUCAAGAUGGUGAAAUUAGUGAAAACAGUUUUGUGCAAGCUUAGCUUUCUCCUCAAUUGUAGGCAGUACUUAGACCAUUAAUCAAGCAAUGCAAAAAGCUAGAUUUCAAUGAAUUUUUGGAAUAGCUACAAAUAAUUCUAAGCAAAAGAGGAGAACCUUUGACCUAAUGUCUCUUUUAAGCUAGUAAAAAGACCGUUUCUGCUCAUAAGAAUGCAACAUUCAGAUAAAAAACAACAUCUAAAUCCCUUAUUGAUUAAAUGUGA